AGGGCCGACUCGAUCGAGAUGUCGGCUGCGCCGUAAGGCAGCGCUACAUUUCGUUUGCGAAACAUGAGACUGUGGCUCUGCGCCUUGAGCCUGGCGGCCGCCUCGCGCAGCGAGCUGGAGCUGGAGCGCGAGGCCAAGGAGGAGCAUCUCACCGUGUGCUGCUUGCUGGGGCCUGUGGUGAACGAGAAGCACAUGCACAUCCAGGUCCUGGACUCUGCAACUGCCGGCGAAAAGAUGAAGAGCUGUCUGGUGCUCACCUUUGCGGACUGCCAGAAUGGCGACUGCGUGGCCAGCUGCGAGACGUCCAUUCAGGCGAGCAAGCUCACCUGGCGCCUCAUCCGCUCGGCCCGGCUGCAGCAGCGGGAGACGGCCACGGAGAAGCUGACGCGAGCGAACGAAGCCUUCGAGGAGCACAGCAGAACCAUGGACGAGAUGACCAAGAUCCUAGAGUCGCGCCUGGCCGACAAGGAGAAAGCCGAGGACCUGCAGGAGGCAGCCGAUGUCAAUCUGCUGGCCGCGCAAACGAAAAUGGACGCAGCCAGGGAAGUCAGGACCCCUGCGAGCUGUGAGGGGAAAUCCAACUGCUGCUGUAGCUACGUCUCGGGGAACGUCGCGCUGCCGGUGAUGGUGCAGGCGGCGACCUUCAGUGACUGGCACAAGUGCACGUUGGUGCGGCCCUAUGCGCCUUCAGGCUGGCUGGCGCCAUGGCAGCGAUGCUGGAAUUACAUGAAAGACUGCAGCGUCUGCCGAACGGUAGUCUGCGCUCACGGCGGCAAGGGCAGCUGCAACUGGAGCGGCCACUGACGCUUUAGCGAUUCGAGGCCGGACGGCAAGCCAAAGCGAACAAGCGAAA